AUGCGGGCUUGGCCGGACGCGGAAGAGGCGGAAAUGAGAGCACGUGAUUGUUUCCAAACGUCCAUUACACCCUCCUCAUCGUCCACCCUGGCUCCUCCACCACCCCCACCGCCGCACCUCACCAUCCACACUCCUACCCACUCCCUCACCCUCCCACACACACUCAACCAAGACUCUCUCCAAAACCUCUACGACCGUCUCACACCCAAGCUUCAUCUCCCACAUCCGCAGCGCGUUGGCGCAGGAUGGGUCAAGUACGCAUGGGAAGGCGGUGUCUGGUCCUUGGACGAUGAUGCAGAUUAUUUCAUUUGGGCAUGGAGAUGCGCUGGCCCGGAGCCCGAGGCCGGGGAACAAGCACCGGGUGCUGCGCCUGUGGCAGGACAAACAAAUGGGGCGGGAGCAACGAUACAGCGCCCGCAAACCCCAACAUUGCACGUACGCGACCCACUCUCCCCUCUUCCCCAAGCUGGGGAGUAUCAGAACCCGUCAUUCUAUGCCUUCCAACGUCCUGCCUCCUUCGUUGACUCGCGUCCAUCUACCCCUGGGUAUGGACGGGCGCGAAGCAUUAGGAGCGUGAAGAGCACCAGGAGCGCUAAGGGAGGGAAAGGAAAGAGUGUCAAUGGAGAUAUGGAAGAGGGGACCCCAGCAUGGAAGAAGCGCUUUGAGGACUUUCACGCCGAGAAUGGGGUCAGGACUGUCGUGGGCGGUAUCGGGCCAGUGAACAACGUACGCAUGCUUCUCAAGAAAGGCUACCGACAUGUCUACCUUUCUCGCUCAUUCGCCCUCUCUCACGGGUUUAUCCCCUCCAACGCCGCUCCAGGCAUGUACGGCUACUCCGGGCUCGUCUCCCUGGGUUCAUGGCCCAUCAUCAUCGGUCCACUUGGGCGUGCCGUCAGCUGCCCAGUCUAUCUAAGCGAGGAGGCGCACUUUGAUGUCGUUCUUGGGCGUAGCUUCUGGGAGAAGAGAGGAGUAAGGAUCGAUCCGAGUGAUUCGACUAGGGUGUGGUGUCAGGAUACGGGCGAGAAGGUCGAGUGUGAUGUUGUUGUUGUCAGGGACGGGAGAGGCGAGAUCGUCACAGUGACGUAG